CUGACCACGGAUGAAACCGCUAAGCAAAUUGCACAGGCCCUUUUCGAUUUGGAAAACAACGUUCCAGAAUUGAAAAAGGACUUGAAGCCCUUACAAAUUACUGACGCUAAAGAGUACGAAUUAGGUGGAGGUAAAAAGGCCAUUGUGAUUUUUGUGCCGGUUCCUACAUUGAAACAAUUUCACAAAAUCCAACAAAGGUUCAUUUUCCGUAUUGAUGAGUUUACUGAGUAUUUUAUGCAACUAACUCGUGAACUAGAAAAAAAAUUCUCGGACCGACAUAUUGUUUUCAUCGCGGAUCGUCGUAUUUUACGUAAACCCGGCCGUAAGUCUCGUGUUAAACAAGCUCGUCCUCGAUCACGUACUCUUACUUCAGUUCAUGAAAAGUACCUUGAAGAUUUGGUGUACCCAACCGAGAUUGUGG